UAUAAUGCGACACAGCAGCCACAUGACACCAGAUCCAAACGGCUUCAAGACAUCCAUCGAAAAUAUCAUGAAGAGACACAUGACGAAUAAAAUGGGUCUUAAAAAUGUCAACCUAACUGCAGUCAUGAAAGAAUUUUACUCAGCCUUGAUCCAUUACAAGGUUCAACAAGACAGUGCCUUCAUAAAUGUCGUACUGAGUGUUCUGUUGAUCGAGGGACUCGGCAGAAAUUUAGACGUUAAAGACGACAUACUCCAGGAUAUCAUUCCAUAUCUCCGUUGAGCCAAGAUGCUGAAGACUCUUCUCAGCAGGACAGUAGCUGUAUUUCGAGCUGGUUUUCAAGGGGCUAAAUAAUAUCACCUUUUUUUUUGAAUCUCUGGGGGUAUAAUCUUCCCACAAUUCAAACCACAGAUUCGCUUCCUGGUUGAGGCGAGAACAAGAAGCACUUCCCUCUGUACGUGAUCCCAUGGAUUUCACACGCUUCUUUCGCAUUUUCUCGACAUGAAUGGAAUAAAAUUAUGGAACAAUAACAUUCCACAGCGUUUGUCACUCCUCGAUGAAAUUGCGAAAUGAAAUUGCGGUUUUGCAUUCCAUUUAUUGAUAAAUGUGAAAAAUCCAGGCACAUGGUGGGCGCGAUUUUU